UGCACUCCCCGCCCCCCGGCUCCCGCCCCCAGCCAAGCUCGGUCCGCGGCUGGGACGCACGCAGGGGGCAGACACGCGGGCAGGGCCGGCCGGGGCAUAGAGGCUGGGCGCCCGCCGAGAGCACUCCCUGACCUGGGUGCGUCUUUUCACUCCCACAAAGGAGGAAACGGCUCAGAGAAGGGAAGUGCCUGGUCAAGGUCACCCGGCGGGGAUGUGGGAGGCAGCACUCGAACCCGCGUCCUAGCGACCCCAAAGGCCCCAGGGAGUUGCCUUUCUCGGGGAGAGGCUGAGAGAGACAGAGGCUGUAAGGACACAGAGAGAUGGCACACACCCAUAGAGACAGUAGAGACGGAGACCGUGAGAACAGAGACUCAGAGAUCUAGAGAAAUGCUCAGAAAGACACCUAUUUACAUCCGGGCAGGAGACAGAGUUACCGAGACUUAGAGAUACAGAGAUAUAGACAGCCAGAGAGACCAAAACAGAAACAGCAACCGCGAGGCCCGCAGCCGCAGGGGGCGGGGGGGACCCCAGCCCUGACUCCGCCUCCCCGCCCCGCCCCCGCCGAGGCCGGGAGCCCGGGGCGCCGCGGGGCCGCAGGGGGCGGGCGCGGGCCCGAGAGCGGCGCGGGCGGGGCGCUCGGCGGCUCCACCGCGGGGCGGCGGAGCGGCGGCAGGUCCAGGAAACCCCUGGGGCGGACGGGUGGCCCCGGGGGGGCCGGGGGCGGGGAGGCGGGCGGCCGGCACCGCCCAGGCCGACAAAAGUCCCUUCAGUUCAGCCGGCGGCAGGGGAAGUCCCGGCGCCCGGCACAGCCACCCUCCCGGGCCACCAAGCCGAGCCGCGCUCCGGCCGCCCGCUCGGCCGCCGUCCCCGGCGGCCCCAUGCCCCGAUGCCCCGCGGGGGCCAUGGACGAGGGGCCCGUGGACCUGCGCACCAGGCCCAAGGCCGCCGGACCCCCGGGCGCCGCGCUGCCGCUCCGCAAGCGCCCUCUGCGUGCACCCUCCCCGGAGCCCGCUGCUCCCCGCGGCGCUGCGGGCCCAGUUGUCUCUCCAGAUCCCCUGCGUGGCGGAUCCGACGUGCCAGCGGUCCCCGCGCCCCGUCACGGCCUGGCCCGGCCAGAAGCGCUUUACUACCAGGGGCCUUUACUGCCCCUAUACCCCACCCCAACCAUGGGGUCCCCCUUUCCUCUGCUGAACCUGCCUACACCCCUGUACCCCAUGGUGUGCUCCAUGGAACAUCCCCUAUCGGCUGACAUCGCCAUGGCCACCCGUGCAGAUGAGGACGGCGACACGCCACUUCAUAUUGCAGUGGUGCAGGGCAACCUGCCAGCUGUGCAUCGGAUGGUCAACCUCUUCCAGCAUGGGGGUCGGGACCUGGAUAUCUACAACAACCUACGGCAGACUCCGCUACACCUGGCUGUGAUCACCACGCUGCCGUCUGUGGUCCGGCUCCUAGUGAUGGCUGGUGCCAGCCCCAUGGCACUGGACCGCCAUGGCCAGACGGCGGCCCACCUGGCGUGUGAGCACCGCAGCCCGACAUGCCUGCGGGCCCUGCUGGACAGCGCAGCCCCGGGCUCGGUGGACCUGGAGGCCCGCAAUUAUGACGGGCUCACCGCCCUGCACGUGGCCGUGAACACCGAGUGCCCCGAGGCCGUGCGGCUCUUACUGGAGCGCGGCGCCGACAUCGACGCGGUGGACAUUAAGAGCGGCCGCUCCCCACUCAUCCACGCAGUGGAAAACAACAGCCUGAGCAUGGUGCAGCUCCUGCUGCAGCACGGCGCCAACGUGAAUGCCCAGAUGUACUCGGGCAGCUCGGCGCUGCACUCGGCGUCGGGCCGCGGGCUCCUCCCACUCGUGCGCACGCUGGUCCGCAGUGGCGCUGACAGUGGCCUCAAGAACUGCCACAACGACACGCCGCUCAUGGUGGCACGCAGCCGUCGGGUCAUCGACAUUCUGAGGGGGAAGGCCACGCGGCCUGCUCCUGCGUCCCAGCCAGAGCCCGCCCCUGACAGGGGAGCCACCACCUCCCCUGAAAGCAGCAGCCUCCUCAGCUCCAAUGGUCUUUCUGCAUCACCCCCCUCCUCGCCCUCCCAGUCUCCCCCCAAGGACCCUCCUGGAUUCCCCAUGGCUCCCCCCAGUUUCUUCCUUCCUCCCUCAUCUCCACCUGCCUUCCUGCCCUUUGCUGGGGUCCUCCGAACCCCUGGCAGGCCAGUGCCCCCCUCCCCAGCUCCAGGAGGCAGCUGAGAGCAACGGGGGGGCAGAUCUCGGACUUAUGAGGAGGGACCACCCUGCCCUCCUGGAAACUGUGAAGACCUCACUCUGCCCCCCCACCACCACCUCCUCAUCUUUGGGACCAGGAUUUUAGGAUUUGCACAGAGGCCCGUGUGUCUACCCAUAAGUCCCCUCUUCUAAGCACAGAUAUCCCCCCGUUUGGUCCUCCUCAGUACUCUUACUCCCAUUAUUCUCAGGCACCAGUCCCCGCCUGGAAUUCCACCCAGACAUUCAUUUCCCUCUCUCCCGGAGCUGGUGGAACCAGGGAAUAGCCACUCCCCUCUGCCCGCUACCCAGAUCUGUGAGGAGGGAGAGAUGGGCUGUAGCCAGGCACUGAUAACAAUGUAAAUUAUUAGGCAUUUCGGUUGAAUUUCUUUUGUAAUAAACUAUUUUUGUACCAUA